CCUAAAAUUUUUUCUUAUAUCAAAGUUUGUAUUAUAUAUGUAUAUACAUAAGUGUAUAUGUAUGUAUGUAAUUAGCAAAAAUAGAGGCGGAAAUGAAAACUAACGAAAACUGUGGAAAGAGUGUGCAAAGUUACUAAAAGGAUUGAAAAUCUGGGUUAGACAAAUUUUCUUUGCUGAUUUAAGUGAACGAAUGUAAAUGAAAAAUUUGGAUUGCCGAUAACCGCAUAAGAUGAUAAGUAUCCUGUUCCACAUUUAAAUUAUCCUGAGUGUGUGCCAUUUUUUGCUGCGCUCCCAAUAAGGGUGUUCUACUCUCUCCUCCCACAGCACUAAACGCUCUGCAUUGCCUCUCUCCUACUCGCUGCGAAUGCAUUUAGAAAAAGAGGUAUUUUAUUAUACUGAAAUUAAAUCCUGCAAACACAACUAUGAUGUGGAGUAGGUUGUCCCGUUCACACAUCACCGCUAAGGAAAAAUGGCUGCAACAAUUUGAAAAAAAUAUAUAUGUAAUUUGAUUUGGAAAGGAAUAAAGACCGAUUUCAGUAAUUUUUUUUGCAGUUUUCAAGACAUAUCGCGAAAGUCAUACAUUGUACUGCGUCUCAUCGCACUGCAUAGCAUCACAUCGCGUGGUAUCGGACGCAACGGAAUCGUGCGGUCAUAUAUCUGUAUAUAUAUAUUAGUACGUAUGUGCAAUUGUUUGCGUGCUUUCGUAUAUCGAAAUCGAGUAAAAGGACCAAAUAUGAACGUGAAACGCUCUCGCAAACCAUCUCGUGGUCACACAAAACCGCUCUACGAGGCAUAAGAAAAAGCUUUGUGCUGCCACUAGGACGCAUUUCUUCGCUUCACACAUAGCCAAAGCAAAAUUUCACACUCCAUUCCCCGCUGACACCUAAUGGAAAAAAAUCAAUUUAGUCAAGAGUAAUCCUCUUUCAUAAAAAGUAAAAUACCGAAUUGUGAAUGUGUGGCCGAAAACUCCGAGUUUGUGCGAAAAUUCUGUGAUCUGUAGAAGUGAAAUCUGCGCUUGUGUGUUUAUAAAAGGAUUGUGUGUGAUUAUACGAAAUUUGUCCCUGGAGGACUAUUUUUCAAGUGAAAAAGUUUAGUAUACAUAUGUAUAGGCCUUUAUCUCUAUUAAAUGUGAGGUGGAAAAAUGUGAAAAGCGAGAAGCACCGAAGCGAAGAAAUGGCUACAUUUACUCAAAAAGUUGGGCGAAACGUGAAAUAGUAGAUUGCGCUUCUUGCAAAGCAUUGCCAUUAUUGACCACCGAAUUACAACGAGUUUUUCAACAACAACAAAUACUAUUCCACCAUCAUCACUGAUACCAACAACAUCGGUAUUCGCCGACGACGAGGUCAUCGUCACAGUCACCGAAAUCAUCCAGCACUAGCAGCCAACACAUCAGCGUUGGCCAAGAAAGGCAUACCUCCCGUCCAGUCAGCGCCACCCACAGAUGCAAUCGGAUCCAGAGCAAUCUUCCCACGAUAAAUCUUCGCGGUGAAGCUGCCACUUGUCCUUUUAGUAGGAGCAGCCGGCUUAAUUUGAAUCAUAAAGUUCAGUCGAAAGCGAAUUGCUUUUGGGCUCUACUAGUCGAUUAGUCCUACAAGAAACUAUGCUCUUACAGCGGUACAUAUACGUAUAUUAGUACGUAGAUAUCUGUUGGGGAAGCGCGAAACUGCAUAUCGUACAUCGAAAUUCUGUACCGUGCACACUGUGUAUAUAGAACACUGCAUACUUAAUAGAUACAUAUGUAUUUUGUAGUCAUAUGCACUCAAAGCAAAAGUGUUGGAUUGUAAUCGUCAUCCAUACAUCAUAAUCGCUGGCACCAUCGUCAUUACUAGGGUCUACAUUUGCGCCGACCGUUUUUGAGCAUACAUAGAUACACCACCGUUUUUGCGUAAUCGUCAUCAUUGGGUCAUCGUAAUUGUUGUUGCCUUACCGUUUAUUCCCAGUAGUGGCUCAUUCAGCGCCGGAAAUGCGUUACAGCAUCAACGGAAAUUAAACAAAUUAUAGCUGAAGUCGGAGUAUAAGUGGAAGUGAAAAUCCAAUCUGAAUAUAUCGUCGAACGAACGCAGACUCGUCUCAAAAAAAAAAUAUUAUUAUUUUUUUUAUUUCGCAACGAAAGUUUUUUGUGGCGUUGAUGUUAUUCGCUUUUCGUUUAGAAUCGGGAUGUCGCUGCUGCAUUGAGAGAACAGAUCCAGUACAAUUCUAGACAAGCAUAUUAAAAUACAUGUGACACAAUCGUGAACUAGUAAAGAUAACUCAAGUAAUCAACUCAUUUGCAACGGACAUGAAAUUCAAUAAAACCGUUAUUUCCUGAUUUGCCGCUUCUGCCCUUCGCUUUUAUGCUUUGGAAUUUGAAAUUCGACUUGGACACGAAAUUUUAUUGUGGCUCACAUUAGCUGCGACAAUUAAGGUAUUCUCGCUCAUCGUUAUGCCAUAUUGGAGUGGAAGAGUCGAAACGUGCCAUAGAUACGUUGUGUCACCACGCCCGCACUACCACUAGAUGCAGUGGAAGAAGAAGUUUACACGAUUGAAAGCAGCUACUGGAAAUUCGCGUGCGCGAAGAAUGCUUUGUUGUGGACGAAGAAAGGAAAAUGGAAGAUCAGUUCCUGAUGUUACCGCCAGCCCUGGUCGUGCGCCUCCGGGUCCAUUGCCGGCGAAUCAGAUGCAAUCGUUGGGCAACCAGCAACAACAACAGCCGCAACAUCAUCAACAGCAACACCAGCAGCAACAGCAACGAACUGGAGGCAAAGAGCCCGUUUUGCUGCAGGGUGAUUUUCGCAAGGUGUCGGGCAUCAGUUCGGAAAUCUUUCGACAGAUAGAAGCAGUCGAAAAUGAUCAUGAUCCGAAUACAGCGGCAGCUUUGGAGGCGGUGGAGAGGAGGGGUGAAAUGAUUGUUCGUAUUCUGGAGCCGAGAUGCAUUGGUGGUAAACAAGCCGUGGAAGCAGCUCAUAAACUAAUGUCUAAAGGAGAUGCUCGACACACAGUUCAGCUUGUUGAAAUAGUUAAGCGUCCUGGUCAAACUUUGGGCUUAUACAUACGCGAGGGCAAUGGAGCUGACCGUACCGAUGGUGUUUUUAUCUCGAGAAUAGCUCUGGAGUCUGCGGUUUAUAACAGCGGUUGUUUGAGGGUGGGUGAUGAAAUCCUGGCCGUUAAUUUGGUUGACGUAACUCACAUGUCAUUGGAUGAUGUCGUAAUUAUUAUGUCAAUUCCUCGGCGUUUGGUGUUGGCGAUACGUCAAAGACGCGACAGCCGUAGUGCAGGCUCACCUGGGCCGCCAACGUUAUCGCGGCCCGAACAGAAACCACCGCCAGUCGUCGUAAUUAAACGUGAUCUCAGAGAUGAAGACUUAGAUGAGACAGAUCGCAUGCCAAGAUCCCGAUCAUCACGCGAAAGACGUACAGGAGAUGGUAGAGAAAUGACCGAGUCCCGCUCUCGUCUUGGUUUGGGUCUUAAUAACUACAGCCCACAAUCCGAGCAAUUAGACAUGUAUUACAAUACACGUUCUGGCGUUAGCGCGAUGAACGAGCCACCCAGCUGGGGUUAUAAACCACCGCCACCACCAUCAGUUAUCACGGAACAGCCUAAAGGUCAUGCUUUUGCUCCGUCGCAUGCAUAUUAUCAAAAUGCUGGUACACUCGAGAGUUUAGCCGAAAAGGUACAUGCAUUUUACCCGAGUGGGCCAUCUAGACGGAUGUCGACAGGUACCGGCGUUGGCUUGGCGCAGCAACAUGCGCGCUUCCCGCGCUCUGGAUCAGAUCAACAUUUACCGCGUGUGGAAUAUACUGAUUAUUCAAAUUCCUUGGGUCGACAUUCCUUGUUGCGCUCCAGCUUGAAGCCAGGAACCGGCGCGGCACCUAUAGCAGUGGGGGGCACUCUGGGGCGUUAUGGUCGCUAUGAACCACCACGCCAAUCUUCGAAGUAUGCUCCGCCAAAUAUAGGCGCUCAAUCGCUUAGUCGUCGCUCGCGGCCGAAUCUUGAUUAUUCUAGCGACACAGAAGCAACCAUAGGGCCAAGGCCAAGUUAUUACUACUACAACCGACCUGCUGUAGGCAGCAUGCCACGCGGAACUAGCGCAGCGGGUGUUGGUGGUGCCGGUAUACUCGGAGGUGGGCCAGAUAUGGCGAAAUUUAAUUCACUGCCACGUGAAAGACCGGGCGUACGUCUACAAGGUAUACGGUCACGCAUCGGUGAUCGCAUUAUGGAUGAGAGUGACGGCAACAUAUCGGCACCGGAAUUCAAUGCUCGCCGCGACCGUGAUCUGAGGUCACGAAUAACGGCGAGUCCUUCAAUUUUCACUUCGGACGAGUACCGAGCAUGGUUGAGGAGAGCACCAAGUAGUUCAGCUAUAGCGGAGCAAAUGCGUAUGACGCGAGAUCUGCUAAGCCAACCCCGAUCACACAGAUUUUCAUGCAGCGCUGAAAAUAUACACGAUGCUCUGAAAAACACCGAAAGCAUUUACUCCAGUCGAACGGGUUUACUUGGAACUGGUACACUGGACCGGCAUCUCGGCAUUCCGCGACCCAUUUCAGCAUUACCAGUGCGCUCGAUGUCAUCACAGCAUAUUGGUGGUCCGUCAUCGAUACGUUCGCCAAGCAUACGGCGCAUGCGGCAACUACUCGAACUCUCUGCAGGUCCGGCUAGCCCAAGUGGUAGCAUAAUGAGCACCGGCGGCCAUCAGAGUCCCGCGCCGACGCCCAGUGCCACACUUCCCAGAACGCACAGACAAAUUGAUAUUAAUCCAGCGGAGUUUGCCAAGUACAAACUCGACAAACCGAUAGUCGAUAUUGGUGGUAUAUCGGGCAUGUUGUGGAUCCACUUGCUUGCGGGCCGUGGCUUACGUUCAGCACCCGAACUAGGCGCACAGCACGUUGGGGGCCCACAUCAUGCAGCGCAAUCCCAGACCCGUGAUUUAUAUUGUGUAAUCGAGUGUGAUCGUGUACACAAAGCACGGACAGUGGUGCGAUCCGGUGAUCUCCAAUUCGACUGGGACGAGUCUUUCGAGUUGGACUUGGUGGGCAAUAAGCAGCUAGAUGUAUUGGUAUACUCAUGGGAUCCACAACAUCGCCACAAGCUAUGCUACCGCGGUGCGAUAUCGCUGUCUAUUCUGCGACAAUCACCGCUACAUCAGUUGGCGCUGAAAGUGGAACCACGUGGAACCAUUUACAUACGCAUGCGCCAUACCGAUCCAAUCACCUUGUAUCGACGGCGUGGACUGCCUAGCUUAAGGGCCGGAUAUCCCAUAUUGUUUGGCGCGGAUUUGGAGACGGUGGUGAAUCGCGAGUCUAAAGGGGCACCUGGCAGUGCACCAGUGCCAAUUGUUUUGCGACGCUGCGUAGAAGAGGUGGAGCGACGUGGGCUGGAUAUAAUUGGAUUAUACCGUUUGUGUGGUUCAGCAACAAAAAAGCGUCUACUUCGGGAAGCUUUCGAGCGAAAUAGUCGCGCUGUGGAAUUGAGCCCUGAACAUGUUCCUGAUAUUAAUGUUAUUACCGGUGUUUUGAAGGACUACCUAAGGGAAUUGCCAGAGCCGCUGUUUACGCGAUGUCUAUUCCAAAUGACCGUCGAUGCUUUGGCCGUUUGUCUGCCGGACGAUCCCGAGGGUAAUGCAAAACUAAUGCUCAGCAUACUAGAUUGCUUGCCUAGGGCAAAUAGGGCGACCUUAGUAUUCCUUCUCGAUCACUUGUCUCUCGUUGUAUCCAAUUCUGAACGCAAUAAGAUGUCAGCUCAAGCAUUGGCUACCGUUAUGGGUCCUCCACUGAUGCUUCAUGCCGCUAACGCUCAACCCGGAUCGGAAAUCGACCACGCCCAACCAAUUGCCGUGCUGAAAUAUCUCCUGCAGAUUUGGCCGCAACCGCAAGCGCAGCAUCACCAGGCGCCUAGUGGCGGCAUCGGCAGUGCGGCUAGCAUGAUGGGCAGCAUGGUCGGUGCAGGAGGUGCUUUAACGGGCGCGGGCAGCAUGAGCAACAUGGCUGGAGCUGUUUCAGGUCGGCGCGGCGAGUCAACAGGGCAGCGUGGAAGCAAAGUCAGUGCGUUGCAAGCGGACAGACAACUUCUACUGCAGCAGCAGCAGCAGCUCAUGGCGGCGGGCAAUCUACUACGCUCGUCCACUUCGGUAACCAACAUACUCUCACAAGGCCAUCAUCAGCUCUCAGCCACAGUCAACAGUCAUCUGUAUCAAUCAGUAGUGGGUCAGUUAGCUCAAUCGCCUCGAGCCUUGCAACAAGCGGUGCAACAGCCCCAUCAAUUGGCGGGCUCAGCGGCCUCAGCAAUUCUCGACCAAUCGCCACUGCCACUUCCCGGCACACCCUCCCCAGGCAGUAGUUCGGCAUCGACCGGCUCCGGCUCGGGAUCCGGUAAAAGUACUGAUACAAUAAAACGCGGUGCGUCGCCUUCCUCUGUUAAACAUGUGAAAAUCCAAGAAUCCUCCAGCUCCUAUACCAUAAGAGAGAAACAACCGACAAAAGACUCACCAUUUGAUGAUUCUUCACUGCAUUCAGUUGGUUCAACAACAUCUACAGUAACAACGAUAAGGAAAGGCGUCGAGUUUUAUGAACCACAAAAACCUCAAAUAAAGGCUGACGAAAGUAGUUACUCGAAAUAUGGUGAGCUGGGGGUGAAAACGCGCACAACCUACAGUGAAACGAGCCCUUAUAGUAGUGGUAAGGGGCCACUUUCAACGUUGUCAACUGAAGAUUACAAAGCCAUGCGUAACAAAUCGAGUGCCACAUCGUCCUCCUCGUCGUCACAAGCGACAGUUUUAAGCGCGGCUGGUUCCACUGCCACAUCAGCGCCUACCACAUCGUCUGACGAUUCUGAUGAUAUCAUCUCGUACAAGUCAUCAGCUUCGACGAAUGCUUUGCUGGCGCAAUCCCAGGCUAUGACCACGUCGCAACUUAUGUCCAAGUAUCUGAAAAGGGAACCACGAGUUCAGUUUACCCCCAUAAAAUCUCCCGAUUCUCCAUCUCCACCAGGGAGCGAUGGUCUACCGAAAGGCGUCUACCAAAUAACUGCCGCGAACGGUAAAUCCACAGGCGCCAUUCGCAAACACUCCGCGCAAAGUGCUGCAAAUGAUUCACACACAAAUACCAACAACAAGGGCUUAUUAUCACCAUCGAGACAAGUAAACGACAAAGAACCAGUACAAUCAGCAACCUCGGCAUCAGCGAUACCAUCAUACACAGCACCAUCAACGUCAUUUGUAUCGACUGGCAGGCGGCUAUUCGACAGUUUAGCGUCAUCUGAAGCAGAAGGGCGAACACCAGCGGGAGGCACCAGCACAACAACAGCAGCAAUGUCUGCAACGUAUAACGAUAAUAAAAGUGUAGCUAGUAGUCACAUUAGUAAUAAGAAUCAAAGUUCAGAGCACAGAAGUUAUGGUAGUAAUUUGUUUGGAAGUAGCGGGCACAGUGGCACAAGUCCCUUUGCCACUAAUGGCAAUGGCUCCUCAACAACAAAUGGCACGCACAAUGCCAUGCACCUCUACGGCACACUGCCCAAAAGCGGCCCAGCGGCUAAUGCAACAGGUAAUGGUUCCUCGGGCGGUGCAGCUGGAAAGUACAGUUCCACUACAUCCGCCUCGUGCUACUCCGGCUCGUCAUCGUCCGGCGGGCCCACAGCCAGUAGUAGUGGAGUGAGCUCAAUGGCUAGCUCCACCACCAGCUACGAUUAUUACAAUACCAGCUCAACCUCGUAUACGUCAGCGGCUAGCACGCGAUCCUAUGGAAAUGGCGGCAGUAACGGUGGGGGUAAUUAUCACACGCUAGGUACAUACAGGGUGCAAUAUGCAGCCACAAAUCCCUUUUUGGAUGCAUUCGAAGCACCGGGCAAUGGCAGUAGUGCGGGUAAUGGCUGCCACGGGGGUAGUAGCAAUAAUGGCGGCAACAGUCGUAGCUAUGGGGCUAUUGAACAGCAGCCGGGUAAUGGAAACAAUGGUAGUAGCAGCAGUCACCAUCGAACGUCGUUACUGGCUGCUUUGCAUGGCAGCGAUUCAAAAAAUGGCAGCGACGAGUUUGAUGAUUUGAAGUAGAAUCGUAAGGAGAGUGAGAGAAUGAGUUUUAUUUGGCAUUUCUCAGUGAUAUUAAAAAUGAGCGUUUAAGUUUUUUAAAACAAUUUAUUAACAUGAAAACAAAUUUUUAAAUGUAGUUCACGCUGAUUUAAAAUGAAGGUUCACAUAUGUACAUGCGCAUACAUAUGUAUUUAGAUACUUCAGUGUCAUCACUCAGAUUUGCUAAAUGAAAUAUUUUCUCCGAAUUUUUAUAACACUUAAAACUAAAUACACCUAUAUAACAAAAACAAUAAUUUUUUAGUUAAUAACAUAACGAAUACCAGCUUACAAAAUGUGUACUCACACAUAUUACAUACGUACAUUUGUACAUACCGUUGACUUUUUUAAAUGUUUACACUUUACAAAUUUACAAAUAAAAAACAAGGUAAACAACAAAACAUUAAAGGUCUGGGCAGGAAAACAACCUCAAUUAAAUGACAGUAAAACAAGAACAUAUGGUGAGAUACAUACAUGCAUACAUAUCCAGCCCUAACCGCCAAAAAAUGUAAGCGAAUUUUUUUUAAUUUUCUUUUUGAUGCAGAAAUGCACCUGGAUGCUGUAAUAGAAUUUCUGUAUCAAAAAUAAAAUUUUGAAAAAAUGUCGCUUACAUCUUUUUGGCGGUUAGAGAUCGAUGUGUUCUACUGAUUCAGGCUCAUAUCGUCGUUUAAAGUGCAAAACCGCGUAUCAACAAAAUGCAAAACCGCGUAUCAGCAAAAUGCAAA